AUGCAACGACUGGGGGCGCUGUAACAGCAGGGCGGUUACGGAAAAAUUGUGAAAAAUUGGUUGCAGCUCGGUUGCAUGGACAACAAAGUCGGCUUCGGAUUUGUUUCCGCUCAUGAUACAGAAAUGAUGAACGACACUUUCAAAGGUCGUCUGCAAGACGCUGCAUUAAUCGAUCCAUACUACCUCAAGAAUGGCACCGGUGGAGUGUCGAGGCAUCACUUCUCUGAGAUUCCCCAUUAUCUGCAGGGAAAUCCGUUCAUCCAGCGUGGAUACCUGUCCCAGUUGUCGUAUAAAAAGUGCAUAAAAAGUACUUUUCUGUGGUCUAACGAGACAGUCAACGUGUGGAGCCAUCUCAUCGGAUUCCUGAUCUUCUUAGCCUUGACGAUUUACGAUAACCUGGUCACCAUACCAAACUUCAAUGGAACGCUGAGCGACCAUUUGAUCUACACGGUCUUUCUGACAUGUUUUCAGGUUUGUAUGCUAUGCUCAGCCGGUUUCCAUCUGUUCCGUGUUCAUUCGGAGGAAGUGUCCAAGCGUUGGUUUAGUCUAGAUCUAGCUGGGGUCUCUGUCGGCAUGCUGGGUUGCUAUUUCCCUUCCGUCUACUAUGGGUUUUUCUGCUAUCCGUACUGGAAGAACGUCCACAUGGUCAUCGUGUGCUCCCUUCUCGCCAUGACGCUGACCGUACAGCUUCAUCGACGUUUCCUGACGUCCGCCUGGGCCACCAAACGGCUUCUACUAUUCUGUAUAUCGGUAGCCUACGGCGUCGGGCCCAGUAUACACUGGAUAUAUCUCCAUGGAGGGUUCCAAGAAGAAAUAGUCCAAAUUUUCGUUCCAAAGUUGAUACUAAUGUACACCUUAGCAAUCUUAGCCCUCUUCUUUUACGCUUCCAAGUUUCCAGAACGUUGCUUCCCUGGUAAAGUGGACUACAUUGGCUCCAGCCACCAGUGGUGGCACAUCAUUAUCGUUAUCGUAUUCCUAUGGUGGCAUCACGUCGGAAUCGAACUGGUAGAAUACAGGACCAAAUACCCAUGCCUUAGUGAGAAUGGAAGUCUAUUAUCUCUAUAGCAUGCAUGCCUCUAUUACCCAUACCCAGAGGCUGAACUGCAAUGGGGGGGGGGGGGGGGGUGAUGGAGGCACCCCUUCCCCAUUGAAGACCAGUGCCCCGCCCUCCACCCCAGCCCCGCUCAGAAUUUUUGAGAAGGCCAAAAUAGCAUGUUAUUGUGUAGAACUUAUUGAGUGUCCCCUGCUGAAAAUAGGGCCCUUAAACUCCGUCCCCCCCCCCCCCACCACCACAAAUUGGACCCCUGUUAUGCCACCCCCAAUUACACGCCAACCCCCUCCAACCCCCCACCCUGCCC